GCCCAUCCUUAUCGUUUCUCCCUCAUCCCCUCCGCUGCUGGCCCAGCGCCGCCGACGCGCGCCUCACCCCAAGCUCUCCGGGACCGGGAGCAAUGCGAGGCUCCCGCCCGGGCGGGGCCGCUCCGGCGUGCUUGGCCCGGAGCUCCAGCUCCGGCUUCCACGCCAUGAUCUGGCCGGCGACAGCGAUCAAUCCGAGUCGGAUCGGCCUCCCCUCCGUCCGAGCAGCCCGGCGGCGGCCGUUCCGCUCCGGCGACAGGGCCACGCGAGGGAUUUGCUACGCGAGCCAGGCGGUCGAGCUGCUGCCGGCCCUGUGCCCCGAGAUCGUCGUCCGGGACGCGCGGCUCGAGGACUGCUGGGAAGUGGCGGACACCCACUGCGGCUCGUUCUUUCCUGGGUACAAGUUCCCGCUGGACCUCGUCCUGCGGAUCGACCGCUACAUUGCCCUGCUGUCUGGAUUCACAGUCCCGCCCGGGUGCAUGAGGACGUGCCUUGUCGCGGUCAAUUCUAAUUCUGUAAAUAAUACCUUCGAUGUUGAGUGUGGAGAUGCUGGGGAUGCCCAUUUUCAGAAGUACGCUCUGAGUAGAGGCUCCAUAGCUGGCAUCCUUACGGUUGACACCGUGGCGGACUAUCUUCCGAGGAGGGGACACCUGAAGCAGAGAAGAACAGGUAUUGCGUAUAUAGCAAACGUCGCGGUGCGAAAGGAGGAACGGCGGAAAGGAAUCGCUAAAAUGUUGGUCCAAGAAGCAGAGGCACGGGCAAGGAGUUGGGGAUGCCGGUCCAUGGCAUUGCACUGUGAUGUAAACAACAUAGCUGCCCUGCGCCUGUACAAAAACCAAGGCUUCAAAUGCAUCCGUGUACCGGAAGGGGCUAGAUGGCCCGAGCCCAAGAUAGUUGAAGGAGUGCGAUACAGCUUCAUGAUGAAGCUAGUGCCCAAGACUUGAGCCGUGUAAGUUAUGAUCAUCAGGAAUAGAAAAGGUUUUAAGUUUGUAGAUUCUGCACAGAUGACAGAUGCACCAUUCACAUGUACAGCAGUUGGUAUACAGUCGUGGCUACUUUGUAAAUGGUAUAUAUCAGCUACGUGAUGCACCAUUCACAUGUAAAGAGGGAUUGGAUUGCCAUAUUAAUUUGGGUAUCCUGUCUCCAACGGGAGACUCUAAACCGUUCUCUACCCUGUA